GCAGGACUUAACGGCAGACUUGGUUCUCACCGAGAGAGAGAAAGCGAGAUCCCCAAUGGGAGAAUGUUUGCCCGUCUCUCUCAGUCAGUGUCACCAUUUCACGUUGGGAGAGAACUGACAGGAAAGAACGUUCCCAGCCCCUCCCAUGGUUCGUCUUCUUCAGUUUCCGUCCCGAAGAAGAAAGACCCAUAUUUCUGGAACGCCACAAUAAGAACUUACGUAGAAAGAAAUCUCUAUGAAGAUGCUUUGCUUCUCUACAAACGGAUGGUUACUGAUGGAGUAGAACCCGAUGAUUACACCUUUCCUUUGGCUCUCAAGGCCUGUUCUUCCAUCCCGGCCCUCAAAGAGGGCAGGCAGAUACACACCCACAUCGCCAAAAACGCCUCUCUCGCAGAAAACGUCUUCGUCCACAAUGGCCUGCUGCAGUUCUACUGUUGCUCCGGCUGCUUGGACGACGCACGGGAGUUGUUUGAUCGAAUGCCUCACAGAAGUCUGGUUUCUUGGAAUACAAUGAUCGCCGGGUACUCGAGAAUCUACCAGGAAACUUGGAUUCGUGUAGUUAAAAACAGAAGUUGCGCUGAUGCGGUCUUGUUGUAUUGUUUUAUGUUAGAAGAAGGGAUUCGAGCGGACAAUUUCACGUUUACGGCUUUGCUAAGAGCAUGCGGCUCUUGUUUGGGUUUUCAGGAGGGAAUUCAGAUUCACUGUCACGCCGUUAAGCUGGGACUCGAGACUGAUGUCUACGUGCGAAAUACUUUGAUUGAUGUGUACGGGAAAUUUGGUGAGAUUCAAAACGCACGCCUCUUGUUUGUUGGAUUUCCUGAGAGGGACUUGGUGUCGUGGAACGCAUUGUUAACUGGGUUUGUCAGGCUGGGAGAUAUUGAGUCGGCAGAAUCUUUGUUUGCGGAGAUGGAUGAGCGGGAUAUAGUGUCGUGGAACGCGAUGAUGGUUGGAUAUUUGCAGAUAGGGCGAGCCAACGAAGUUCUAGAUGUAUUCCGCCAAACGCAGGUUGCAGGUGUCUGCCCAAAUAUUGUUUCUAUUGUUACUGCAAUAUCUGCUUGUUCCUUGCUGGGGACUUUGAGUUUAGGCGUUUGGUUUCAUAUUUAUUCCCUUAGGCAUGGUUUUGAAUCAAACGGAUAUGUCAGUUCAUCGCUGGUGAAGAUGUAUGCAAAAUGCGGUGAUAUUGAAAAUGCAGUUCGAUUGUUCGAUAAGAUGCCUCAGAGAGAUGUUGUUUCCUGGGAUGUAAUGAUCGAAGGCUUGGCGUUGCAUGGUAGAGCUAAAGAUGCCUUGGCUCUUUUUCGUCGGAUGAAAAAUGAAGGAGUCAACCCUGAUGAUAUUACCUUUAUUGGUGUGCUAAGCGCGUGCAGUCAUGCUGGUUUGGUAGAAGAAGGUUUUCUGCACUUCGAAUCUAUGACUAAAGAGUAUGGCAUUGAGCCUAGAGUUGAGCACUACGCAUGUCUGGUUGAUCUUCUUGGCAGAGCUGGUCGGUUGCAUGAUGCACUGCAAAUUGUAGAAAGCAUGCCGAUUGCUCCUGACAGUGUUGUGUGGUCUGCAUUGCUCAGUGCUUGCCGUAUUCAUGGUGAUAUUGAACUUGCAGAGAAAGUUGCCAAGACCACCCUUGAGAUGGAACCAAGUAUUGCUGCUAACUAUAUUCUUCUAUCAAAUGUUUAUGCAGCGAGUAGCAAGUGGGAGGAGGUCGCUAGUGUGAGAACGUUGAUGAAGUUGAAGGGGCUUGAUAAGGAACCUGGUUGCAGUGUUCUUGAAAUGGAUGGCUCCAUUCAUGAGUUUGUUGCUGGUGAUAACUCUCAUCCGCAGCUCGGUGAGAUAAACCAGAUAUUGCAUAAAUUGGGGAAGCGGCUUAAGGAAUCUGGCUAUGAGCCACACAAGGAAGUGGUGCUGCGGGAUAUGGAAGAAGAGGUCAAAGAGACUGUUCUUUAUCGGCACAGUGAGAAGCUUGCAGUUGCCUUUGCACUAAUCAAUAGUGCAGCGGGAACCCCAAUUCGUAUUGUUAAAAAUCUUCGCAUAUGUAGUGAUUGUCAUUCUGCUAUUAAAUUAAUUUCUAAAAUUGAAGCCCGAGAGAUUAUUGUGAGGGAUCGAAACCGCUUUCAUCACUUCAUCGAUGGAUCUUGUUCAUGUGGUGAUUACUGGUGAAAUGGUCCUCGUGUAAUCACUUUUACAACUUCAGAGUCAUGGCUCAUGGAAGGCGUUUUCUGUGCUAGAACUGAGGACCUUUUUGUUCAUUUCUGAGCACUAGUUGGUGUUGGAAGGACUGAUUGUGCUUGCGGCUUCUUUGGGGAUACAAAACUAAAGCUGGUGGGUGCGAUAUAAGCUGGACAAAGUUUUUAUGUCAUGGACUAAAGGUCUGCAGGGCUUUGCUUUAAACAAUGAUCUGACUGGAAUUCUUGGCAGACACUAGAAGAUUCGGGAUUUUGAUUUCAUAUUAUCACUGACAUCCCACAAAACCUGAAAGGUAAAUAAUGGGAAUGACCCCAUGCAAUUCAAACUUGAGAAUCUUUAUUAUGAUACUGCUGCCUGGCUUCCCAGCCACUUCAUUCGAUCCCAACAGGUAUCACUUUUAAGUUACCUAACAAUGUUGUUCUUAUUGUCUUCCCUUCUGCUCUCCAUCAGUGAAAGGGGUAUGCUCAUUGCACAGGACUUUGCAGGAUGUAGGUGCGAAUGCACAUUUAUUUAAAAAAGAAGGCAAGGUUGUUGUAUAUGCAAUUGAGUCAGAGCAUAAAGUAUGACAUUCAUCGAUUGUUAACAGUUGUACCCGCAGGGCCGGGCACGGCAGACUAUUUGCAGUGCCAAUGCAACCCAUAUCGACCUUGCUAUUGCAGCGAAGCUUUGUAGUUCUGUUUGGAUCUGAUUAUGAGAUAUUUGAGGAAUCCCCAGCAUCUUUCGUUUCGAGUAAAUGGACAUGCAGCAUAUAUGAGGUGUGGAAGAUGCAUCUUCUGCUUCCAAUUUCUCAUUUUAAUGCAUUUAGGUUUAGCAAAUGCCAUGCUGUUAGUGGUGGUAAUGAAGCAGCGGUUUCAGGCGCCUGCAACUGCCAGUGUAAUGGCAGCAGUCUAUCAUUCUCAAACAACCAUAAAUGGUAUUGACUAAAGGAAGGAAAAGAUAAACUUCAAUGAGAUAUCAGAUAAGUUGGGGUAGGACUUUGCAAUUCUACGGCUUAUGUUCAUCGUGAAUCCAAUGAAAUUCCAUUCCAAAACAGAGUCUGCAGGUCCUUGUCUUAGGGCACUUAGCUGACAGUGCUGUCAUGCUAUCUUAUAUGGUUAGUUUCUUAAAAAAUUGAUCGUUGUGUUCUUUUAUGCAAAAUCUUCUUUUCUUAUUCAAAAUGACUCACAUUUUUCCACUUUGGUGUUUGAAUGUUGGAAACUUUCUUGCACAAGUUGGAUAUUACCUCCGCAAAGUCGCUCCCAGUCAGCUUGGAUAAAAGCCGCUUACAUCCACGAGAUCUGAUGGUUGAUAGAAUUUAAUGUAAACUGUUAUUGACACUCUUACAAAAUGUGCCAUGGUCCUGCCCAGUUCAGUGUCGUUGUAUAUUUGCUGGCCUCUGGUUGGUAAAAACUCUUGGCUCAUGUUUGGAUGCUAGAUUUAUCUUUUGAGAUUAAAUGUUUAGGUUUUUUUAA